AUGGGUUACGGCGUCCUCGAGUCCCGCAGUGGCAUGAAGCAUGUCCCCGGCACCAGCCUUCUUGACACUCACGACGUCGCCUGGAUAGAGCAGUCGACACACUUGAAAAGGGGCACAGGAAAGAACUCCCAUAUCCUGCUCGUGCCACAGCCAUCCAACAGCCCUAAUGAUCCGCUCAACUGGCCACUCUGGCAGCGAGACCUCAUUCUCGUAAUGUACUGCUAUGCCACCGUAUUGUGUAUUGGAGGAAUCGGUCCCAUUCUGUCUUCGAUGGCCCUCAUCCUGAUCCAGGAGUUCGGAAUCAGCUUUACUCAGGUCUCGCAGCUUACUGGUUACAGCCUCUGUGCGACUGGUGCGGUCGGCAUAUUCAUCUCCGCGCUGGCUCGCAAGUAUGGCAAACGGCCCUGCCUUUUGUUCUCUGUCACAUGCGCCUUUGCCGGUACCCUCUGGGGUGGGGCCGCCAACUCCUACGGGUCACUACUCGGUGCCCGCAUCGUCCAGGGCCUCGGUGUCGCUAUGUUCGAAAGUGUUAUGUUCUCCGUCGUGGGAGACCUAUACUACGUUCACGAACGAGGCUCUCGAAUGGCCAUCUACGUCACUGCGAACUCGGGCAUCGCCAACCUGCCGGCCAUGCUUGCGGGGAAAAUUACCGUCGACCUGGGCUGGCGCUGGGUUUUCUGGCUGCUGGCUAUUUUCAUCGGAACCGCAUGGGGUGGGGUCGUGGUCUUUGGCUGGGAGACGGCUUACAUCCGCAACGCGAUCUACAACAUCGACACUUCUUCACAAGAGAACAUUGAAAUGAUAGAGGAGGUUAAAGAGCAUACAACACAUAUCGAGGACGACCAGACGAAGGGCAGCGGCACCGCGCAGCCGCCGAAUCUGGAGAAGACCGCCACGGUUUCGACCACCGCCACCGUCAAGAAAGACUCAUUCUUCAAGCGUAUGUUACCCGUGACCGGGACGUUCGUCGAGGACUCGAUCGCGAAAAUGGUCCUGAGGCCCUUCUUCAUCAUCCUCAAUCCAGCCGUGGUUUGGGCCGUGGUUUUGAUCGCCUUCCCAACAUUGUGGCUGGUGGGCAUUUCCUUUGUCAUUGCUCAAAUCUUCAGCGCACCUCCUUAUCUCCUCAAAACCGAGGAACUGGGUUACAUGUCCGCCGGACCCGUCGUGGGAGGGACACUCGGGUGUCUUGUAGCCGGUUGGAUCGCCGAUCCGAUCGCCAAAUACAUCAGUCGCCGCAACAAUGGUGUGUACGAACCAGAAUUCCGACUGGCGCUCAUGAUUCCCUCGACCAUCCUCUCCAUCCUCGGGUACUUUUUGUUCGGUGGUCUCAUCGAGGAAGGCAAGCCUGCCGCCGGAAUGGCCGCCGUUUGGGCCUUGCCUCUUGCAUCACUUCAAUUCCUGGCGGUCGCCAUCGGCAACUACAUGGUCGACGCGUAUAGAAACAUCAGCGUCGAGGUCUUUAUCAUCUCCAUGGUCUUUAAGAACUUUUUGUUUUUUGGGUUUUCUUUCUUCCUGAAUGACUGGGUCGCCGCUUGGGGUCCCAGAAAGUUCUUCAACGCCAUUGGCGGUAUCCAGCUCGCCAUGUGUCUGACGACCAUCCCGAUGUACAUGUUUGGGAAACGUCUAAGAGCUUGGUGGCACGCUAAUGAUGUAUUGAGCAAGAUCUGA